CGGCCUGGCGGAAGCGGGCCCUGCGGGCUGGGCAAGCACACAGAGCGGGCUUUUAAAGGGAUCAUUCCCUACUCCUGCUUGCUUGCUCGCCCGGACUGUGAAAGUUGGUGGUCACGGGAGUCGGAGGGUAGGAGGCAGAGGUGAAGCCGGGCUGUGAGACCCUCGGAAGGCGACAAGGCAGAAGAGGCUUGUGGAAAUACCUUCCUAGGACAAGUAUUCUGCCACAUCCUAACCUCACUGGCGUGCUCAACCAUGGCCAGACCUCCCGCGCACGGUUCGGUGAUUGUCCCAGACUGGCAUGAAACCGUCGAGGGCAAGGAGUACUUAGCCUGCAUCCUGCGCAAGAAUCGCCGGCGGGAGUUUGGGUUGCUGGAACGGCCAGUGCUACCCCCUUCAGUGGCCAUUGAUACUGCCAGCUACAAGAUCUUUGUGUCCGGAAAGAGUGGUGUGGGCAAGACCGCACUGGUGGCGAAGCUGGCAGGCCUGGAAGUGCCUGUAGUGCACCAUGAGACCACUGGUAUUCAAACUACUGUGGUGUUUUGGCCGGCCAAGCUAAAGGCCAGCGACCGUGUGGUCAUGUUCCGCUUUGAGUUCUGGGACUGUGGCGAGUCUGCCCUCAAGAAAUUUGAUCACAUGUUGCCGGCUUGCAAAGAGAAUGCAGACGCCUUCCUGUUCCUCUUUUCUUUCACUGACCGAGCCUCCUUCGAAGACCUUCCUGGACAGUUAACCCGUGUAGCCAGCGAAGCCCCUGGGGUCGUCAAGAUGGUCAUUGGCUCCAAGUUUGACCAGUACAUGCACACAGACGUACCAGAGCGAGACCUCACGGCCUUCCGGCAGACCUGGCAACUGCCCUUGUUACGGGUGAAGAGUGUGCCAGGGCGGCGGCUGGCAGAUGGGCGUACACUGGAUGGUCGGGCUGGGCUGGUUGACGUUGCGCAUGUGCUCAACGGCCUUGCAGAGCAGUUGUGGCACCAGGACCAGGUGGCAGCCGGCCUGCUCCCCAGCUCCCCAGAGAAUGCUCCUGGCUGAAGGGUGAUGGCUCUUGAGUAGAGACAGGGACUGAUGAUCCCCACUCCCGUCUCUUGGGUGACCCAGGAUUGAUGGUGGGACCUAGGGCCCAAGGCUGAUGCAAGAACACUGUUCUGGGGGCUGGAGAGAUGGCUCAGAGGUUAAGAGCAUUGCCUGCUCUUCCAAAGGUCCUGAGUUCAAUUCCCAGCAACCACAUGAUGGCUCACAACCAUCUGUAAUGGGGUCUGGUUCCCCCU